AUGAUAGCCUGCAAGAGCAUAAUAACAAAGCCAUGCUUUUCCUGGGAUGCCAGCGACGUGGUGCUUAUUGCGGCGCCCAUCACACAUGCCUCUGGCUUCCUGUGCAUCACUUUUGGAGUGCUUCUUGGCGCCACCGUUGUGAUGGAAAAACCAGGUGCUAACUUGACACACACCAGCCAGCUCGUGAGCCAGUACAAGGUAACCGCCAUCACGCUCCUACCAGCGCACUUACGCGCAAUUGUCGCCGAGAUGCUGAAAACGGGAAACCAACUGAAGGGCGUCCGCCGCAUCGGUAUCGGAGGAAGCGCGUUACCAGAAGCCUUGUACAGAGAUGUGCGAUCCACUUUCUGCGACUUUGAGUGCUUGGUGAAUGGAUACGCUUUGACAGAGUCCAUGGGGAUCCUCUGCUCGCCUUCCAUUCAUGCGGCCACUGGCAUGGACGUUGGAUUUCCGGCUCCCUCUUCUAAAAUUAAGGUGGUUGACAUAGUAACACGGAGGAAACUAGGUCCAAACGAGGUUGGCGAGAUUUGUUUUCAGAUACCAACGCUAUUCAAGGAAUACUACAAGAGGCCCAAAGAGACAACAGAACUCUUCGAGGAAGGGGCCUGGUGCAGGUCAGGAGACGCCGGGUACUACACCGAAUCUGGGAGGGUUUUCAUUGUACAGCGGCUCAAAGAAAUGAUCAAGUGCAUGGACAAUCAGGUGGUACCUGCAGAGCUAGAGGAGCUCCUCUUCGAAGUGCACUCGCAGGACAUUUCCGAUGUUGCUGUAGUGGGACUGCCACAUGCUGAAUACGGGCAGGCACCGGCAGCAGUGGUAGUGCUAAAGAAGCCCAGUGCCAACGAGCGUCAAGCUGACGAUAUCGCCAAUAAAAUAAAAGCCACAAUUUCAGAUAACCUGGCUGUGCACAAACGCCUUUACGGAGGCGUGUUCUUCAUGGAGGCGCUGCCGAAGACUGAAACUGGAAAAGUGAAUCGGAAUAUCCUGAUCGAAGAGUGUGCUAAAAGAAUUGCGUACUGAGACUAAGGGUAACCAGCAUGAAGGCACACAAUAAAAUCUAAGGAC